ACAGAUUCUUUUGACAUUGCUGUGAAGGGGGAGGGACGAAAUAAACAGUUACACAACGUGUUAGAAAGUAAGUAUUGCAGAUUUUCGCUUUACAGUCACAAUACUGUAUUAUUGUGACUUUUAGCGGAAUCAUGUAUCGGCGACCGCUGCAGUCCGUCGUCAGACAGGUACUAAACGCGUCAGCAUCGAGAGCUGUCCUCGGAAAGGCUAUUGAACAAGAUGCUUGUCAUAUCAGGGUUUCAGUGGCUUGCCGGAUGACUGCAAAUGUCCCCAAUCACUCACAAUGUCGAGCUCUUCACAGCACAAGAGAGCUCUGUAUGAUUAAAGAGACCCCACAGGCCACAGAAGAAGAGGUGGGGGCCUUCACCAAACUGAUCGAGGCCAUGGGCUUCACCGGACCCCUCAAAUACAACAAAUGGAAAAUUAAGAUAGCCGCUUUGCGCAUGUACACAUGCUGUGUAGAAAGAAUCAACUAUGACGAAUUCUUUGAAAAAUGCUCUCUCCCCGACACGCUCAACUCGUGGUUCUUGGUGGCACAGCUCCAUGUCUGGAUGUGUCUGGUCCGGAUGCGACAGGAAGGCAGAGCAGGGAAGUACAUGUGCCGUUACAUCGUCCACUCCAUGUGGGAAGACGUGGAGCAGAGGAGCAAGAUUAUGGGGAUUGAUGCCAUUCAGAGAAAAGAGAGUAUGAAGGUGAUGACAGAAACGUUCUACGCUGCUAUUUUUGGAUAUGAUGAGGGAAUUCUAUCGGAUGAUUGCGUUCUUGCUGCAGCUCUCUGGAGGAAUCUGUUCAACAGACAGUGUGAGGAUCCCAGACAACUUGAGCUCAUGGUCGAAUACGUCCGCAAACAGAUGCAGUUCAUUGACGCUCUGGAUGGAGAAGACCUUCUUUUAACAGGAGAAGUCAAAUGGCGCCCCCUGGUGGAGGAAAAUGCACAGAGCAUCCUGAAAGUUGCCACGCUAACCUACAAUGAUACAGGCCUAUAAGAGCCUGCACUCUGACAUGGCAUUACCUAGAGAUGCCAGUCAGGAAACAGCACUCAGAUGAUUAGCCACAUCCUCUUCCUCUCUCUCUCUCUCUCUCUCUCUCUCUCUCUCUCUCUCUCUCUCUCACUGCCUCACCUUCUCUGACUUUCUGCACUGUUUAGUCAGCUUCCCACAAACACACACACAUUUGUUCUUAUGCGUGUUGAGAGUGUUAAGGACUCAUCAAAAUGGUUUCGCACUCUCCUUUUCUAUAUCUAUAGAAUAUUCUUGUAUAUAAAUGUCUUUCUGUUGGAACGUCAAUAUUUAUAGGAGAAAUACCUUGGCUCUUUCACUGUACCUCUCAAUGUUUUCAGUGGUUUUGUUUUUUUUUUGUUAUUUUUUUUGUUUUUUUUAAGUUGUACUCUCAAUGUGUUGGAGGGAAAUUGGUGUGUGUGAAUGUAAGUGUUUUUGUCAGACUCGUCAACCCAUACAGUAAAAGCACUUCUUGAGGAAUGACCACAGGAGUUCUCUUGUGUAUUUCUGUUUCAUUAUAUCCGUUCAAUCUGACUGAGCACUUUAGGAAUUUUUCUUUGUCCAAAAACCUUUGUCGAAAUCAACUUAUUAAUGAGGAUGUUAUAACCAAAAACUGGGCCUUUAUACUGUACAAACUCUUUCAUUUUAUAUACUUGAAUGGUCUUAAUUGGUUAGAAAUGUGGACAGAUGCUGUUGAUUACCACAGAAAAUAAUUUCACAGUUUGAAAAAACAAACAAAAUUUUUAUUCACAGUAAAACACAAUGGAAUUCCUGUCAUGACCAUGUAGUGCCGUUUAACCUGGUAAAUUAUUGAUAAUGCACUUAGUAAGGUUUUGUUUACAUAGAGAAAAAUCCACCCACAGGAACUAUGUUGGAAAUGCAUAAUCAGAAUUUCAUCUGCCUAGAAAAGUAGUCCCACUACAUGUUUUAGACCUUCAAUUUCUAAGUAAUCCCACUGGAUGAUUUUUUUCUAACUUUGCAGCUCAAAUAACACAUUUUUGUACAAAAGAAUUAAUAAAAGCAGUUUAACAAAAAUAAAAGCUGCACAUUUCUGCUUGUAAACCAUCAGGAGUGUCUUUCCCCAUUGACUACCAUUACAAGUGUUGUACAUUAAGCACAAUUUUUGCUCUGUUUUACAAACUGAAAUUAAAUUGUUUCUGUAGUAAUCAGCCUAUAGCUUAUCGUUGUGAACCUGGUGCAUUUCUUAGAAAAAAAAGAAGAAAAAAAAGAAGUCAUAAUCAUUAGAAAAGCAUCAUUUUUGAGACAUCAGGGGGCACUCAAAUUAGCCAGAAAGGUUGUCGCUCUGUUUGAAUGCAAAACCCCACCAGUUCAAUGUUUUGAGGG